AUGAUCCACAGCACCACCUGGUGUGUAAGAAUGUAAAGCGCAUGCCGGCGUAGAGUUUCCGGUGUUAUGGCGCCUGGCUGCCCGUACUUCUAUUUAGUUUCUCAGAGGCUCUGGGUGUGUUGUCAGCUAGCGCGACCUGCCCAUGUGCUGUCUGACUGACUAUGCUGUUGCUGGUAGCACUGAAAAUGCUCUUUGCUUACACUGUGGCCAGCUGCAAGACGGACGACCGUGUUUUUACCGACGACAGAAGCCACAAACCAAGGUUAAACUACAGCAGCUUCUCGCUGCCAGAAGACCACAUCCCUUACUUUCUCAACAGUAACAAGAAGGUCGCCAGAUUCUGCCGGGAGGAUCCUCUCUGUCCAUUCAAAGACUCACUGCGGGAAGGCAAGGCUUGCUGGGGUUAUGAGAAAAACUGCUCACCAGAGGACAGGGUUGGCUAUCCCGUCUGCACCAAAGUCGACUCAGGAUGGGCCAGCUCAAUUCAAGCUGCCCAGGACGUGUUCUGGAAACAGGCAGAUUUUGGCUACGUGAGAGAGCGUCUAGAUGAAAUGAAAACACUCUGCAAGCCCUCAAAUCCUGGAGAUUCCUCUUUGGCCUGCAGCAGUCACAUGCGGUUCUGCAGAGCCACUAACCUCUACCUGGACCUGAGAAACCCCCGCAGAGCCCAGGAGAGGUAUAAGGAAGACUUCCUUCAGGCUGGGGAGGUUGGUGGUCACUGCAGUCUCAACACUAGAGCCCUGCUUUCAGAAGGGCAACACAAGAGCCCACUCCAGUCCUGGUUUGCAGAGCUACAAAUGUUCACAGAGCUUAACUUCCGCCCAGUGGAUGAUGAACAUUGUGACAUCAUCAUUGAGAGGCCCACAAUCUUCAUGAAACUAGAUGCAGGGGUGAAUAUGUACCAUCACUUCUGUGACUUUGUGAACCUCUACAUCUCGCAGCAUCUAAACAACUCCUUCAGCAAAGAUGUCAACAUCAUUAUGUGGGACACUAGCCUGUAUGGAUAUGGGGAUCUUUUCAGCGAGACAUGGAAAGCAUUCUCUGAUUCUGCGGUCAUUCAUCUUAAAACAUUUGAUGCUAAAAGGAUAUGCAUCAAGGACACUGUCUUUUCAUUGCUUCCUCGGAUGAGAUACGGGUUGUUCUACAAUACACCAUUAAUCUCUGACUGCCAUGGUUCUGGAUUGUUCCGGGCCUUCUCGCAGCAUGUCCUACAUAGACUACAGAUCCCCCAAAAUGGCCCCAAGAAGGGAAAAAUACGCGUCACGCUACUUGCAAGGAGCACAGAGUAUCGAAGGAUUUUAAACCAGCAAGAGCUGAUAAAUGCUUUGAAAACUGUUCCAUCUUUUGAGGUCAAACUGGUGGACUACAAAUUCAAGGAUAUCUCGUUCUUGGAUCAGAUCAGGAUCACUCACAACUCGGACAUCUUCAUCGGAAUGCACGGCGCAGGCCUGACCCACCUCCUCUUCCUCCCAGACUGGGCCGUCAUCUUCGAGCUAUAUAACUGUCAGGAUGAAAGCUGCUAUCGAGAUCUGGCUCGACUGCGGGGAAUACAUUACGUGACUUGGCAGAGAACGGACAGAGUGGUUCCUCAGGACAAGGGCCACCAUCCCACACUGGGGGACCAUCCCAAAUUCACCAACUACUCGUUCGACGUGACGGAGUUCAUGCGCGUGGUCCUGCUGGCGGCUGAGCGCGUGCAGGCCCAUCGGGAGUGGCUCCGGCACCUCGAACACGACGAGCUGUGAGGGCCUCCGAAGAGCACAAACGGGGGACGCGCCCUUCCCUGCUGUAGGUGUGACCGAACACACGCCCGCGUGGCUUCGCGUGAGGAUUCACGGAAUGGCAGUGCGUCGUUCACAAGCGUAGGGGGAAAUGAAUGUCUUGUUUUUGUAGCUGCUGUUUCUCAUUAGCUAGUGUAAGCGCUGUUGUAGUCCUACGUGAGACGAAGUGGAGAAAGAGGCUGCAGUAGUUGCUCUCUAGAAUGUAGUCCUAUGCUCUCUAGAACAUAGACUUGCUGCGCUCCACUUGUAAAGCACUGGCUCCUCCCACUUUCAGCAUGCCAAUCCAGUUAUAGGGCACAAUGACUACAGCUGAAAUGACAUUGACCAAUAGAAUAUGGCAGUGCCUAUGUCACAUUUUAUUCAUUGAUGCAAUUCUUUUUACAACUGUCCCCCUCAUACAACUGUCCCCUUUCACACUUCAUUGUUUUCACACUCAUAUUAUGUCUAACAACAGUAUUUUCUAUGUGACACGGCUCGAGCGAGGCCUCUGUAUUAAUGUGUGAUUCGACUGUAGUAUUGACUGAACUGUAUUUUGUCUCUGUAGGGUCAUAACAGCUCUUGUUAACUCCUAUCUAGCCAAUGUGUUCUUCUUUUAUUUAAUGCUUUGUUAAGUUAAUUUUGACCUUUGGGGAAAAUACCUUAAGGAGAAUGGCAUCGGUUUGUAUUUAUAAAUUGCUAUUUCAGUGCACAAAAGUGCUAUUUCAUACAUCUAUCUACAUCUACAGCACUCAAUUAUAUGUGUAAAGGCAAAUCGUUAACAAAGAGAUUGACAUAGCCAGUUUCUUGAAAAAUAUUAUUAUACGGUAAUACUGUACACUUGUGUUUGUUUGCCUUUUCUAAAACAGCAAGGGAAUUGUCAAUGAAAUUACACCAGUGAGGAAUAUGCCUAAUUUUCAGUUCAGUUUUCUUAACUGUAUAUCAUGUAAUGAAUGUUAAUUUCAUAGUCUGCAUUCUAGUUAUUACAGCAGGAUGUGUACACACAAACAUGUGUAAGGGCAUUACUUGAAUUUGUGUAAUAUUUGGAUAUUUGAAGGAAACCAUGAUAUGUUCAGAUGCCUUGUUCCAGAUGAUGUAUUAUUGAUGUAUUAUUAUUUUAAAGUUGAAUUUUAAGUCA